UGGUACAUUAUUAUCACAUUAGAACUCCGAGUGUUUACAAAUAGAUCAUCACUAGAUGGGCUACAAUUUCAAGUAAAUAUACUUCUAAGAUCUGCGCACUGCAGUGAUUGAGCUGUGCGGUGUCAUUCGGAAAGGCAGGAAUGACUUAGUGGCAGAUUUUUGGCCACAGUUCCCCCCUUACCGUAAGACGGUUUGGUACUACCAUGGAUGCCCAUCUGCUUAUCAUCCUGCUUGUCAUGCUGAGGAGGGUGAUAUCAGAGGAUAAAGAUUUGCUGUGUGCAAGUUACCCCUGCCUGCAUGGCAGUAAGUGUGUUGAAGCGCUGAGAGGCUACAGUUGCACGUGCCCUCCAGAGUGGACAGGCAGAAACUGUGAAUUAGAUGUGGAUGAAUGUACCAGCACUCCAUGCAAGAACAUGGGGAUGUGUAUCAACAGAGAAGGUGACUUUGAGUGUCUUUGCCAGCAAGAAUGGACAGGGCCGACUUGUGACAGACCUGCACAGUGUGCACAAGAGCAGUACACCGGUUGGCCCAGUAUUCAGCUGAGGAGUAUCUCAGGCCCAUCCUUUACACCGGCCAACUACACCGAUACAAUCGUGCCUUACAUCUGCAGUUACACCAUCACCAAUCUGGACGACGCCGGCAAAAUCCAGCUCAUCUUUGACGAUUUCUUCAUGUUUGGUAGCAGGACCACGUUCUCUUGCUUGAGGAUCUACAGUAGAAACAGCAUAGAGGUUUACGAUGGCCAGUCCCCUACUCCUACGCUGGACCAGUGCUUCGCUUCAAAUAAGAGGCCAAGGGCGAUUGUAUCCUCAGGCAAUUCCUUACGUAUUGACUUCAAGCACUUGCAGAGUAUCUCCUAUCAGUUCCCAGUCUUCCGAGCUCACUAUCGCUUCCUGUCAGCUAACGAACCUGUUAUCAAGCCCAGAGUGGACACCAUUACCUUCUUUGAGGAUCAUAUCAGCCAAUUCUCUACCACUCUGUGGCGGGCAGACACCCAUGACAUCUUGUGGCUCUUUGUAGCUCCAACGAAGAAACAUGUCUACUUAUCUCUGGAUCCCAUCUACAUAUCAAAGAACGUAGACAUCACUCUAGACAUCCAUGACGGCAUCACGUCCUCAUCUGCCAAGGUUGCCUCCCUCCAUCGUAGCUACCACUUCCCUGCCAUACAGCUCACAUCCACCAGCAAUGGGCUAUAUGUACGCUGUCACACCGGCCAACUACUGGGCCAGAAUAUCACAGUAGCUGGAGUCUUUACAUUCUAUUUGGACGCUGCAGAUAACAGUGACAUGUGCUCGGACUUCUUAUGCGCCAAUAACCGUUGCAUCUCCAGCUACUUUGAGUGUGACGGUGUGGACCAUUGUGGAGACAACUCUGAUGAGAAACCAUGUCUGGGGUUGUGCCCAGAUAAUUGGUGUGCUAACGGUGGGGAGUGUCAUCAGGUAACAGCUGGCUAUCCACGCUGUACAUGCAAGCCACACUACACGGGGGACAGGUGCCUGGAUGAGGAAGUGUGCCCUCAGGAUUACUGCAUGUAUGGUGGCACAUGCCUUGGCCACUCAGUGGCCACAAGAUACUGCCACUGCCAACGACCCUAUUCAGGACUACGGUGCCAACAAGAUAACUCAGGUUGUCCGCAGUACUACUGUCAGAAUGGAGGCAGUUGUGUGGGUACCCAUGAUAGGUACCAAUGUAGAUGUCCAGACGAUUACAUUGGCACAUACUGUGAAAAGAAGCUAGUGGAAACCUAUGAGGAUGAUGGCUUUCACAGCAGUCUGACCUACACCUUGAUAACAGUCAUACCAGUGGCUCUGCUGCUACUCACCGUCUGGGUCUGCUGCAGAAUGAGACAAUGUCGCAACCCACUCUACACCAGACGCUACCCAGAGGUCUUCAGUCAGAGAUACCGAGAAAGCAGCUCAGUUUCAUCAGACUAUCCCUCCACAGUGAGCAGGAGUCUGUCUCGCAUGAGUACAGGAAGCAUGUACACUGACGAACCACCUCCUUAUAACGUGGUGGUCCGCAACCAUCGACGUAAACUCCGCAGGCACCACUCCCACCCAGGGCCCACUCAUGCUUGCUCAGAGCAACCUCCGCCGUCGUAUGAAAGCAUCGUCAUAGCCCAGACUGACCCGCCGCCGUACAUCCACGUCCUGCAGUCUUCCUCCGCGCGGGGACGGCACAGAUCCUUAGACAUGCCCCCGACUGUCACGGAGAUGCAAGAAACGACAAGAUCCCCACUGUUGGAUGGGUCGCCGGAAGGGGCUGCCGGUGGGGAAAGGUCAACCGAACAAGGUCAAGGGUCAUCCACAGGUCAGCAAGCCGUCAACGGGGAGCGAGGGCCGGAAAGUGGUAGCGUACAGGAGCACAACUCCUUGCUGCCAGAAGGAGAGACCUCAUCAUCAUUGUGAUGUGUCCGAGUCUCUGUAGGUCCUUACAAAUCACACAAACAGGGUGGGGUCAGUUAAAUCCCGCUUUCUUUCACACAACUCCGGAAUUUUCUCCCUCAACCCUACUCCCGAGCAGGGUUAAUUAUUUCCCGGGGAAAAGCUAUUUCCCGGGAGUUUCGUUGGUAGUGUGAACAGACCGACCAAAAGUCCCCGGGAUUCCCUGGGAGAUACUUGUAGUGUGAAUAGGGCUUGUUUGUGCGUUUGCAGUCUUCCUGUUUAGACCAGUAUCUGAAAUUAUUCCCUCACUGUUAGAAGUGACGUAGGACUGUAUCUUACUUUGUACAUUGUGGGAAACCCAGAACUUGCCAUUAUAUAGUUCCACAAUUGUACGCUUUAUUAGUUCCAACAGUAUCUACAUAUAGGUGUACUAGUAGGGAUUCAAUAGAAAGGGCACUAC